AUUGCAAAUGGCUACGACAGAAGUCGAAAUCGAACCUCAGAACCAGGAAAGUUGCAAACCUCGCGCAGAAAUGGCUUCAGACGACCCUGAACUCUGUAUUCUGGGGGAGAAGGUUGACCACAAGCGCUGUCGGUACCCGUAUGCCGUCGUUUGGACGCCCAUACCGCUACUCACGUGGCUGUUCCCCUUUAUCGGCCACAUGGGCAUCGCCAUGUCAUCUGGGGUCAUCCGAGACUUCGCAGGGCCAUACUACGUGUCCGAGGAUCACAUGGCAUUUGGAAGACCGACAAAAUACUGGACAAUGAGCCCUUCUAAAGCGAAGGGUGGUACGAAGGGCUGGGACUCUGCAGUGGGAGAUGCUUCAGAGGAGUACAAACAUCACAUGCACAACCUGUUCUGUGAUAACUGCCACUCUCACGUCGCUCUGGCCCUCAACACAAUGCAGUAUGACAGGAGUACCUCCUGGAACAUGGUCAAACUCUGCUUCCUCAUGCUUAUCUAUGGGAAAUAUGUCAGUGUCUGCGCCUUCCUGAAGACAUGGCUGCCGUUCCUUAUCCUGGGGGGAGGCGUCGUGGCUCUCGCACUGCUCCUGUGAAAAAAAAUCACUGUCCAUUUAAGCAAUACCAGUUUUAAACUGUUCUUGGACUUAAGAAGAAUGCUAAACAAGAGGAUCUACAUUAAAACUGUGGCCGAGGGGAAAGUCUGUAGUACUCUCUACCUUGGUACACAAAGUUUUCUUCAGUCAUAGCCCUCAGUUGCAUAUAAUCCUUCGCUAGAUUUUUACUAAAAAUGUUUAAGAGCCAAGCUGGCAAUGGUGUGACUGUAUACUGUAGAAUCUGGAAAGUCUCAUAUUAUAUAUAGAGAGAGUUUAUGAUAGAAACAGAGAUAUAAAAAGGUACAAGGAUGCCUGCUAUUACAAUGUAGAAUAUAUGAGAAAGUAAAGUGUACAUCCUCUAAGAAAUCCAAAUCUACUGUCUUCAAAUAAGAUAACCUUUGAAAUAACAGGAAAAUGAAGUUGCUGGUGUUUUUGUGUACAUUGUGGAAGAAUAAAAUGUAUAUACAUGCAUGUUUCUUUUGUGACUUUUGUGAAAUAAAUAUUGUACAAUUCCUAACAAUAUGAAAUGAAUUAAGUCUGUAAAUCUACAUAUAAAAAUAAUAUUGCACUUAAUCUCUGCAGUUUAUAAUUUACCCAAGAUUUUUUAUUAAAGGAGGCAGGUUGUUUGAGAUUCUGUCAUUUGUAUAGAAAUGUGGGUAAGAGUGAAGCCACUUUGUGUACUUAAUAUUGUAUUAAAAUGCUCUCUAAUACACGAAUGUCUGUCAAUCCUUUUAUUUCAUUAAAAAAGACUGUAACAAUGCAAUAUUUGUG